UUUACUGUAUAAUCUGUGCUGAAAAUAAUAAAAAAUAAUUUUUAAUUGCUAUUUUCACUAUUUUGUAUUUUAAUUGAAAAUUGUUUUAAAUUUAUUAAAUAAUUAUUGUUACAUAACACAUAAAUAAACAAGCUUCAUUAUGUUGUCUUUGCGCACAAAACUUCGGCCCCGGAUAUUUACUACACAAUCAUUAUUUCAUAAUUGUAAAAAAUCAAGACAACUGACUAUCAGUAGUUUUCAUUUAACAGGUUAUGGAACCGAGAACACUUUAUCAUUUACAAAAUAUAGAAGAUUCAGUACUGCAACAGAACAAAAGCAAACUGACCAACUAAAAGGUGAAUCAGAAAAGAGGGAAUUUCAGGCUGAGACACGCAUGUUAUUGGAUAUUGUGGCCAGAUCAUUAUAUUCAGACAAAGAAGUAUUCAUCAGAGAAUUAAUUUCAAAUGCCAGUGAUGCUUUGGAAAAGUUCCGUUACCUAAGUGUCAGUGUGGCUGCAGAUUCUCCCCAACUGGUGGAAACAGACAGGGCUCUAGAGAUUAGGAUAACAACAGAUAAACAAAAUAGAACUAUUACAUUCCAGGACUCUGGUAUUGGUAUGACAAAAGAGGAACUCACUCAAAAUUUGGGAACCAUUGCCCGUUCUGGAUCCAAGUCAUUCAUUGAAGAGAUUAAAAAGCAAGGUGCAGAACAGGCUAGUUCAAUUAUAGGCCAAUUUGGAGUAGGUUUCUAUUCUGCUUUUAUGGUCGCUGAAAAAAUAGAGGUAUACACUAGAAGCAGUAAAUCAGGAUCUCCAGGAUACAAAUGGCUAUCAGAUGGGUCAGGAAUGUAUGAAAUUCAAGAAGCAGAGGGUGUCUCUAUAGGAACUAAAAUUGUGGUACAUCUUAAAACAGAUUGCAGAGAGUUUGCAGAUGAUGAUACAGUAAAAAAUAUAAUAAAGAAAUAUAGCAACUUUAUUGGCAGUCCAAUCUUCCUGAAUAAUGAGCAAACCAAUUCUAUCAAGCCACUGUGGCUAAUGGAUCCAAAGGAAGUAACUCAAGAGCAGCAUAUAGAAUUUUACAAAUUCAUUAGCAAUUCCUAUGAUAAGCCACGUUUUACACUGCACUAUAAGACAGAUGCUCCACUGAGCAUAAGAUCUAUAUUAUAUGUUCCUGAAGGAAAGCCAGGCUUAUUUGAGCUAUCUCGAGAUUCUGAUGUUGGUGUAGCUUUAUAUUCUAGAAAGAUUUUAAUCAAAAGCAAAGCAGAGAAUAUUUUGCCAAAAUGGUUAAGAUUUGUUAAAGGUGUUGUUGACUCGGAAGAUAUUCCUCUAAAUCUUAGUCGAGAACUAUUGCAAAAUAGUGCAUUGAUAACAAAACUAAGGACGGUCCUAACAAAUCGAUUUCUUAAAUUUAUGGUUGAGAUGUCACAGAAGGAUCCUGUUGGAUAUGACGCAUUCUAUAGAGAGUACUCCAUAUUCUUGAAGGAAGCCAUCGUAACUAGUCAAAGUCCUCUUGAAAAGGAAGAAAUAGCAAAGCUGCUUAGGUUUGAAUCAUCAAAACUUGAAAACGGCGUAAGGACCUCCCUAUCAGAUUACAGCAAACGUCAGAAAGAUGAUCAGAAAUCUAUUUAUUAUCUAGCUGCUCCUAGCCGAGAAUUAGCUCAGACGUCGCCAUAUUAUGAAUCGCUCAAAAAACGGGACCUCGAAGUAUUGUUCUGUUAUGAAAUGUAUGACGAAUUAGUUUUACUGGAGUUAAAGGAUUUUGGCGGCAGAUCAUUGGUUUCUGUUGAAAAUGAUAUUAUGCAAAAGGACUCUGCAGAUACAACUGAAUCAAUCAUAGGAAGUGAAACCCUACAGAAGACAGAAGUAGAUGAAACAAUCUCGUUCUUAAAAUCCAACUUAACUGGCAAAGUGUUUGAAGUUCGCACUACGCAAAAGCUGGAUUCUCACCCGUGUGUCAUCAUUGUCCCCGAAAUGGCAGCCGCGCGACACUUUAUUAGAACACAGGCUCAAAACCUAAGUGAAGAAAAUCGAUAUGCCAUGUUGAGACCACAGCUAGAAAUUAAUGCUAGGCAUCCAAUAAUCAUAAAGCUGCACAAACUUAUUUCAAAUGACAAAGAAUUGGCCAACAUGGUGGCGCAACAAUUGUUCUCCAAUGCUAUGGUUACAGCUGGACUUAUUGUGGAUCCUAGAAAUUUGAUAACACAUAUAAAUGAUUUACUGGCUAAAGCGUUAGAAAAGCAUUAAUUGUUAAUAAUAUUUAAUAUAUAAUUGUUACUAUUAAUUUAAU